AGGGUCGCAGCCAUUUCUUCCGGAAGCGAAGAGGCGACGCACAGCCUUCUGGGAGCCGGCGGUUUCCUAGCAACGAAAGGACGCGCGUGGACGAGGAGGCAGCUCCCUACUGCUGGUAUGCAAGAUGGCAUUGGGGGACAGAAAGGAUGGAGAUUCCAUACUAGAAGUCCUGGUGAGGAGGAACCUGGAGCCUUCUAUACAUGGAGAAACACAGGAGCUUUUGUCUCAGGCGUUGCUCCAUCUACACACUGUGAGGCUGGAUAGAGAAGGGAUCGCAACAUUAAAGCAUCUGGAGUUGGUUAAGGAGGUCCAGAACCUGUACCUACAAGAGAAUCAAAUAAAGAAGAUUGAAAAUAUAGAUGUCCUUAAGAAUCUGAGGUUCCUUAGUCUAUCUUGGAACAGAGUGGAAAAAAUCCAAAACCUCCGGUGUUUGACAAAUCUGCAGUUCCUGGACAUUUCCCACAAUUUGAUCAAGAGGCUGGAUGCAUGUGAAUUACCCCAGAGUCUUCUCAUCUUGGAUCUUACUGGAAAUCCAUGCACCAAAGCAAAAGACUACAGACCUCAAAUACUAGAGGCCUUGCCUUUACUUCAACAACUGGACGGAGAGACAGUGAGGGACUCUGCAAAUUCAAACUCUCUAAGUGACGUUGAGGAUGAGCAGGAUGGAAGUAGUAGUGAUGACAGUGAUGAGAGUCUGCCCUUUGAUGUUUUAGAAGGUCUCUCAUCUGUGAGCCAAGAGAUGAUACAACGGUCCUACCAGAGAAGGGACAGGGCGCUAAGAGAACAUGAGGAGCGUUUAUCAGAGCUCAGUGAUACCCCAAAUAAACAGCUACUCAUUACAGCCCAGAAUGCCACUGCCAACAUAGUAUCUCAAGAAUGUUCAUCCAUGUCCCUGAAGCAAGCAUCAACUUGUGCGACCAAGCCACAAAAUGCUAUGAUUUCUGAAAAAAAGCAUCAGAAAUCUGCUUUAGUCAAAAAGCAACUCAAAGAUCAGCAGAACAAUGGCACCGCAAUGCCACCUUCCAAACUAAUUGCGAGAAAUCAAGAGUCUGUCUCUACCAGGAAGCCGGGGAAUGGAAGGUUAAGUGAAGGACUAAACAGGACCUCUUGUAAAAAAUUGCUGCCUUCUGCUCCUCAAUCAAAACCAGAUACAGUUCCUUCAGUAAAAACUCCUAGUGCACUUAACACUCCUCAGAAAGAGAGACAGGCUAUAUCUGCUCCUUCCACCAGGAAAAUGAAUGCUGUCCCUACCAAAAAUACAUUGCCGGCACCAGAGAAGGUCUCAAGUAGACAUAGCCCAUCCACUGUUUCUUCAAGAUCUCAGAAUGAGAGACAGGCAACAUCCGCACCUGUCAAGAAAAUCUUGCAGUCGCCAGAGAAGCUGGCAAUGACUCGGCUCAAAGUCAAUUCUGGUGCACAGGGAACUCGAAAAAAGUCACCUUGAUUAUUUUGGUUUCCAGAUAAUUUUAUAAUUGGCCAUUGUUUUAACAACAUGUAUUAAACAGAUAAUUAUCAUUGUUGUUACUGCUUGGAACAGUAAUGUCAUCACAUUGUGCAGUGACCCAACCGAGUAACGCAGCAUGAGCUUCUUAAUUGUAUUUAUAUAGCGCCACCAUAUUCCGCAGCGCUUUACAAUUCAGAGGGUUCAUGUACAAAACAAAAGACAUCACAAAGUUACCGUCUAAUAUACAACCGAAACACUAGGAGUGAGGGUUCUG